GACAUAUUAUUGUCAAAUGAGACACCAAGGUAUUUAAUGACAUCAACAUAAUUAAUCACUGCACAGUGACAGUUAUCAGCGAUUUGAGGGCUGCAAGUAUGUAAGCGGAGCUUGCGAAAUUGCAACGAGUCAAUAAUAAUAGUAAAUGUCUAACUGGGACCAAGUAUCGCUUAAUAAUAAAUAUGCUCUUCGCUUUCGUUCAAAUUCAUAUUCAAAAAUCGAAACUUAAACAGUGUCAAAAUAUAAAAAUGUAAGUAACAUUGAAAUUCCACAAAUUACACUUAAAUCAAACCAUACAAAAUCCAUCGUAAUGCAGCUGUUACACGAACAAAACACCGUCCAGGCCACAGUGAGGAUGAACAAGAUGGAGGCAUCUUCAGAUAACAUAGAGGUGAAGGAGAAACGUUCGUCGAACGCCUCCUUGAUGCUAAUGAAUCCAGUGGCAAGUGGAGACAAUAUGGCGGUCAUGAACUCCGCCCAUAAACUGAAGGAAGAGUUACCACCACUCGUGCCCUGCUGCGAAGGAAAAGAAUUGCAGGUGAGCUACAAUAUGAUGGCCGACCCGUCGUAGAUCUAAUAGGACUUGUUUCCUAUAAUCUUAUACAUAAGGAAGCCUUGUGCUCCAGCAGUGAGUGCAUGAAGAAGCUGAUGAAAAUGAUGAACUAGUACUACAGUACAGUAGAAUCAAACUAGUCAGUAGGUACAGAAUCAACCAAACAUAAAUGAAGACCUCGUACGCACUGGUCUGUCAGCCAUCUCAUUAAAGCACGACAGUGUGAUUCAGUGCCUAAGCAUGUCGCGUGCAUGCGAGAAGAUGCAAGUGCCUCCAGGUCUGGUAAAACAUAGAAACUCGUUCCGAUGUCUCCACCGGCCGGAUUUGAAGCGUGUUCCAUAUUUACGACGUCUGACACCAGAUGAACUGGAGACACUUUUUCGGGGAUACGCCGACACUCCUACACGUGGGAUACACAAAAAUGAUAAUCGGCUACCGAUGCCUCCUGAUGAGAACAGACAGGGAAGAGACUUACAGAACAACGAUUCUCGUUUACACGACGAAGCUAACACAGCAAUAGCUCUCCACCCUAUACCUGAGACACGGUCCGGUGCUGAAGACGUGCCGGCAGGUAUGAGGUUACACGGCACACGCGCUAGGCUCUACACGUCUGUCCUUGCAGGCGCCAGAGCUGGAGACCAGUUAGAUGGAAUAUCAGUGAACGAAGAAUAUAAUGCGAGAGUACUAGACGAUCCCCUUCCCGAAGAUGAGGUCCAGUUGACUGAGGAACUACAAAUCAUCCUGCCACCUCGCUGCGACGACAUAACAGCUGAAUCAUCAAUUACCACUACAUCGACAGAGAGCUGA